AUGGCUACCCCUAGUGUCCUCGCUUUUGACGCUGAGGGUCGGGCCAUUGACUUUGACGUCUGGAUAGAUGACCUGCAGCUUUUCUUACAGUGCGAUAGGGCAGACGGUCUCUCCCUCUUUGACCUCACCUCUGGUGCCUCUCCUGCCUCUGCUGCUGAUGCGGACGCCACUGUCCGCUCACAGUGGGCCACACGCGAUGCUGCUGCACGUCUUGCUGUGCGUCGCCACCUUCCUACCUCUGAGUGUGCGCACUUUAGCCAGUACAAGAGUGCUCAGACCUUGUACGACGCUAUAGUUGCACGCUACUCCUCCCCUGCCACUGCUGCACUGAGCCGCCUCAUGCUAGCGGACCACUUUCUCUCUGUUUGCCCCACCACUCUCACCGUUGACCUCCUCGAGAAGGCCCUCCUAGGAGCAGAGAAGAGCAUAGUCGCUGUAGGAGCCUCUCGUGGUGACCUCCGCACCCCCGUCUUUAAGGGGUGUUCUCCCUCCCCCCUCUUGCCCUCUGUUGCCUUUGCUGCUGCGGCCGACCUCGCUGGUUUCGAGUCGGUCGGCGCUGCGUCUGCCCCUUCGGGGAAGCGCCGCACAGGCAAGGGCAAGGGGGGCAAGGGCGCUGGAGGAGCUAGCGGGGGCGGUGGAGGUGGCGGUGGAGCCGGCGGAGGGGGUGGGGGUGGCGGUGGGAGUGGUGGUGGGAGUGGUGGCGGGGGUGGAGGUGUCGGUGGCGGCAGUGGAGGCGGAGGCGGCGGUGGCGGAGGGAGCGGAGGUGGCGGAGGUGGCGGCGGAGGAGGAGGCGGAGGCGGGGGAGGUGGAGCUGGUCGGGAUGGCGCUACGCAGAGGGUCGGCUCCGGUGGUGGUCAGCGCCAGCACAAGCAACACCGGCGCACUCGUGACAUUCCCCCCCCUCAGCAGCUCCGUGAGUGGUACGCUGCACGCCAGCGGGUUGGGAGUACUGGUCCGUGCACCUACGUCCUGCGCACCAGUGACCGCGCGGGUGAGCAGUGCGGGGGUGCGUACUUCACCCAGCGCUGCUUUGGCCGCCUUACGGACGCUUGGCGUCACCAGUUCCCUGAGGCCACUGAGAUCCCUCGCUGGGGUGAGCUGUCUAGGGCGGGAGUAGCUAUCUUUGACCUUGACUUUGAUGCUAUUCUUGCUGCCAUGUAUGCUGUGACUCUUAGUGAUGAGGGUGACUGUUACCGGUGUUUUCCGCCCGACCCGGGCAUUGAGACUGCUGCUCUAGGUAUUGGUGAGGUUGUUGCUCUUGGUGCUAGCGAGGCUACUGCUCUAGGUGCUAGUGCGUCUGCUUCCUCAGGUACUGGUGAGUCUGCUCUCUCAGGUACUGCGUCAGCUUCGGCCUCCCUCACCUUCACCCUUGACUCGCGGGCUUCUCGCUCCUUCUUUCGAGACCGCACCACAAUCACGCCGCUUGGUCGGCCAGUUGCAGUCUCCCUCGCAGACCCCUCUGGGGGUCCUGUCCUUGCUCACUUCUCCACUGUCCUCCCGUGUCCGGCGGCUCCCUUUGGCACACUGUCUAGUCUUUACCUCCCCUCGUUCUCUACGAACUUGGGUCUUGCCCCUUAA